CUCGUGUAUAAGUUCCUUAAAACAGUCGUGUUAUUAUAGCAAUGGAUUUCAAAGAUAAAGUAGUUCUUAUCACCGGCGCGAGCUCGGGCCUUGGAGCUGCAAUCGCAGUUCACAUGUCACAGCUAUCAGCAAAAUUAGUAUUAGUCGGACGAAAUGAGAAGAAUUUGAAAGCCGUCGCCGAACAAUGUGAAAAAUCAAAAGGAAUCAAAGCACACCCGGUAAUAGCUGAUGUAGCUAAAGAAGCGGACGUGGAGAGAAUUGUGAAUGAAACGAUAAAUCACUUCGGUAAAUUGGACGUUCUUGUAAAUAAUGCUGGUGUAACAGAAGUGGGUGGUAUUAGAGAUACCACAUUGGCAAAGUAUGAUAGGAUAAUGUCUAUCAACAUACGCGGAGUGCUUCAACUAACUAUGCUUGCGGUACCACAUCUGAUCAAGACCAAAGGCAACAUUGUGAACAUAUCCAGCAUUGCCAGCACUAAAGCAUUCGUUGGCCUCACUGAUGCUGAAGUGGAAGCAUUUAACAAGGAAGUCCUUGAGACUACCCCGCUAAAGAAAUUGACUGAAACCAACGAUAUCGCAGUUAUGGUGGCAUUCCUUGCGAGUGAUUGUGCUAAGAGCAUUACUGGAUGUACUCAUUGUAUCGACGGUGGGAAAACAUUGUCGUAAUUAGUUUUAUAACAAUAUUUACCAGUACAUAAACCCAGUAAAUUAUACGCUUGUUUCUA